AUGGACUUCAUGAAGUAUUAGAGGUGUCAAAAAAUUUCAAUUCUAUGUUUUUCUAGCUAUUUCAAUAAGCAAGCUAUGUUCCUUAGUAUAAUCCAGUGAAACAGAUCAUAUUUGGGAUCAGCACAUCAUUUCGCAUGCUAAUCAACAAGCUCUUUUGGUCUAGCCAUCAGCAUUAAAUGUCUUUGUGAUAAUGCUUCCAGUACAGUUUUAGAAGAACUUUAAUAAUUACAAGUGAAUCAUACUGAGUAACUAUCUUAAAUCCCUCCUUUAUUUAUGUCAGCAUCUUAUUUUCAAAGUAUUAGUUUAUCCAAUUUCAAAUACAUUUAGUGUUGAUUACCGUCCAUAUGCUGGAUGAAAUAAUUAAUUUGAGACCUCAGAGGUUUGAGUUCGGCAAAGAAAUCUAGAAGAAGCGGAAUAUUGAAGUGCAUUGA